GUUAAUGAAGCUUAUUGAGUUUCAAAAGUUGUGUUGAGAAGUAUUCUUUGCAAGUUAUGAAGAAUUACAAUGAUGCUUUGGCCAGUAAAAGUUGUGUUUAAACUGGUAUUCUUGUGUUUUGUUUUGUUUUUCAAAAUUCAGAGUACAGUUAUGGCCACCCAGGUAAUGGGGCAGUCUUCUGGAGGAGCAGGGCUGUUCACCGGCAGUGGCAGCAUUGGCAUGGCGUUGCCUAACGACAUGUACGACUUGCAUGACCUCUCCAAAGCCGAGCUGGCCGCCCCCCAGCUUAUCAUGCUGGCAAACGUAGCUUUAACUGGGGAAGUAAACGGCAGCUGCUGCGAUUACCUGGUCGGUGAAGAAAGACAGAUGGCAGAAUUGAUGCCUGUUGGGGAUAACAACUUUUCAGACAGUGAUGGAGAAGGACUGGAGGAGUCUCCUGAAAUAAAAGGGGAACCGCAUGGACUGGAAAACGUGGAACUGAGAAAUUUGGAACUCAGUGUUGUAGAACCUCAGCCUGUCUUUGAGGCAUCAGCUGCCUCCGAAGUUUACAACUCAAAUAAAGAUCUUCCUGCAGAAACACCUGGAGGAGAGGACAAAUGCAAGAACUUGAAGACCAAACCCUUUCGCUGUAAGCCGUGCCAGUAUGAAGCAGAGUCUGAAGAACAGUUUGUGCAUCACAUUCGAGUUCACAGUGCCAAGAAGUUUUUCGUGGAGGAAAGCGCAGAGAAGCAAGCAAAAGCCAGGGAAUCUGGCUCCUCCACUCCAGAAGAGGGCGAUUUCUCCAAGGGCCCCAUUCGCUGUGACCGCUGCGGCUACAAUACCAAUCGCUACGAUCACUAUACGGCCCACCUGAAGCACCACACCAGAGCUGGGGAUAACGAGCGAGUGUACAAGUGCAUCAUUUGUACAUACACCACAGUGAGCGAGUACCACUGGAGGAAACACUUGAGAAACCAUUUUCCAAGAAAAGUGUACACAUGUGGAAAAUGCAACUAUUUUUCAGACAGAAAAAACAAUUAUGUUCAGCAUGUUAGAACUCACACAGGAGAACGCCCAUAUAAAUGUGAACUUUGUCCAUACUCAAGUUCUCAGAAGACUCAUCUAACUAGACAUAUGCGUACUCAUUCAGGUGAGAAGCCAUUUAAAUGUGAUCAGUGCAGUUAUGUGGCCUCUAACCAACAUGAAGUAACCCGCCAUGCAAGACAGGUUCACAAUGGGCCCAAACCUCUUAAUUGUCCACACUGUGACUACAAAACAGCGGAUAGAAGCAACUUCAAAAAACAUGUGGAGCUACAUGUUAACCCACGGCAGUUCAAUUGCCCUGUAUGCGACUAUGCAGCUUCCAAGAAGUGUAAUCUACAGUAUCAUUUCAAAUCUAAGCAUCCUACUUGUCCUAAUAAAACAAUGGAUGUCUCAAAAGUGAAACUAAAGAAAACCAAAAAGCAAGAGGCUGACUUACCUGAUAACAAUAUUACCAAUGAAAAAACAGAAACAGAGCAGAUAAAAAUAAAGGGGGACGUGGCUGGAAAGAAAAACGAGAAGUCUGUAAAAGGGGAGAAAAGAGAUGUUUCAAAAGAGAAAAAGGCUUCUAGUAGCGUCUCAGUGAUCCAGGUGACUACCAGAACUCGCAAAUCAGCAGCAGAGACUAAAGAGACGGAUGUGCACACGGGAGGUAAUUCAGAAAAGUUCUGUAAAACCAAGAAAAGCAAAAGGAAGAUGGAAGCCGAAGCCCAGUCCCCACGUGGUCCUGUGAAUGAUGAGGAACCUGCGACGAAAAAGAAAAAGAAGGUAGAAAGCAAAUCCAAAAGCAGUCAGGAAGUGCCAAAGGCUGACAGCAAAGUGGAGGAGAAUAAGAAGCAAAAUACCUGCGUGAAAAAAAGCACAAAGAAGAAAGCUCUAAAAAGCAAGUCAAGUAAAAGAAGCAGCAAGCCUGCUCAAAAGGAACCUGUGCAGAAGGGGGCUGCCGAGAAGGGGCCUGCUCCCGUGGAGGCGGUUCAGAAGGAGCCUGCUCAGGUGGGGCUGCCUCCUGCCACGGAGGCUGUUGAGGAGGGGCCUGCUCCUGUGGAAGUUGUUCAGGAGGAGCCUGCUCGGAUGGAGCUGCCUUCUUCCGUGGACGCGGUUCAGAAGGAGACUGCUCAGAUGGAGCUGCCUCCUCCCAUGGAGGUCGUUGAGAAGGAAGCCGCUCAGACAGGGCCCAUUCCCAUGGAGGUCGUUGAGAAGGAAGCCGCUCAGAUGGAGCUGCCUCCUCCCGUGGAGAUUGUUCAGGAGGAGCCUGCAAAGAUGGGGCCUGCUCCCAUGGAGGCUGUUCAGGAGGAAGCUGCUCAAAUGGAGCCGCCUCUUCCCGUGGAGGCUGUUCAGCAGGAGCCUGCUCAGAUGGAGCCGCCUCCUCCCCUAGAGCCUCCUCUUCCCAUGGAGCCAAUUCCCAAAAAGUCUCCUCUCCGAAAAGAUAGGAAGGAAAAGUCUAACGUGCAGAGCGAAAUGGCACGGAAGGAGCAAGUCCUUAUUGAAGUCGGCUUAGUGCCUGUGAAAGACAGCCGCCUUCUACAGGACAGUGCAAGGACACAGGCCCUCCCACCACCGUCGCCCCUGCUGCCAAAGGAAAGCUCAGAGGAAGAGGCAUCAAAAGACCAAAAAUUAUUCUCCGAAGGUGAAGGAAAUAAGGAAGCCCCUCUUCAAAAAGUAGGAGCAGAAGAGGCAGAUGAGAGCCCAGCUGGUCUUGCUGCUUAUGUCAAGGAAUCCACCAGCGUUUCAUCCUCUGGACAAAACUUGGAUAUGCCAGAGGGCGAAACUUCAGAUGGUAAACACCAGACUGACAAUAUUGUUUGUGACACGGAAAUGGACACUGAUCAGAGCACAACGGAGAACCUCCCUGGCAAAGACUCAGCAGUUGAAGAACCAGGUUCACCAUUGCUCCUUCCCCCCCCAACAGAAGAAAGUGAAGCAGUGUCCAAAACCACUGUGACGUCACCUCCUCUUACCAUGGCAGUAAACGAGUCUCAGGAAAUUGAUGAAGACGAAGGCAUACACAGUCACGAUGGAAGUGACCUAAGUGACAACAUGUCAGAGGGGAGUGAUGAUUCUGGAUUGCAUGGGGCUCGGCCAGCUCCACAAGAAACUAGUAGAAAAAAUGCAAAGGAAGCCUUGGCAGUGAAAGUGUCCAAGGAAGAUUUUGUUUGUAUCUUCUGUGAUCGUUCUUUCAGAAAGGAGAAAGAUUUCAGCAAACACCUCAAUCGCCAUUUGGUUAACGUGUACUUCCUAGAAAAAGCAGCUCAAGGACAGGAGUAAUGAAACUUUGGACAAGGUUUCAAUUCUUAGUUUGUAAGGUCUAUUACAUUUUAUAUCCAUUUAUAAUAGUAGAAAACUUUUUUAAGAUUGCUUUAAUUAGUGUCCAAUGUUGAUUUUUAAGUGGCAUUCUUUUCCUUAGGACUUUAUAUAUACCUGUUGAUUGUUGUAUACAUUUUAGCAAAUCCAAGGGAGUUAGUAUACUAAACCAGCAGACAAACCUAAAUCUGUUAGCUUAUGUGUUUAAUGGAAAUGAGACGGCCAAGAUGGUAUAAUAGCAUUCUGUUGCUUUGUCCAGCUACAGCUUGUCAGUUUUUUCUCCAUGUCUACUUCCCGUUUUACUUUAGUUUAUUUUUAGUUCCUUGUUUACCUCUAUAAAAAAUUGGCUCACUUACUAGCAAAUUACUUGAAGAAUUUGCCUGCUUUAUAUAAAGUUAGCACUUUAAGAUUUUGUUUUAGAGAAGAAAAGACAUUUAAAUUGAAGAGAAAUUCUCCCAACAAUGGACAUUCUAUCAGUCCAGGUAUUUACUUCCUGAGUUUUGAUCAAUAUUUCUAAUUUGUAUAUGUUAAUUGUCAUAAAAACAGUGAUUUUGGUGUGUUUUAUUUUGGUGCUUUAAUGGCUUAAGAUGUUGCACAUUGCUUUGUGUGUUUUUUUUUAACCUAUGCAGUUAAAUAUUUCCUAGAAAUAGCAUUUGUAUGAACAGUAACACUUUAUACAUAUAUGCAUGUUUAUUUUGGCCUCUCUGGAGGAGGGAUGCUUUUAGGCUUGUUUGCAAAAGGACAGUUUUCUUUUUCUUUGCUGCAAUUGUCUUUUUUGCAGAAUAAUAGUGUGUGCAAGUUUGUGAGCAAAUGAAACAUGCAGAUUCAAUCCUUUGAUUUUGAUUUUCACGUAUUAUAUCUAUGCCAGAAUCUGUAUUUUGUAUAAGUUAUUUAUUUUGAAUGGAUGUAGUGAAUUCACAGCUCUCAGUUUUGAUUUUGUAGUAAAUUAACCACUAGGUUCCAUAUUGAACAAAUUUUUAUCUCAAACACCAACCAUCAGUUAUUGGGUUUUUUGUGUGUUUUGGUACAGCUAAUUCCUGAUAGUAGAGUGUUAAAUCAUAUCAUUGAAGAAAACCUUUUCUCAUAGAUGGUUGGUGUCCAAGUAUGGCUACUUAAAUAUACUGAAUAAAGAACUGUAAGUGAUGGACAUUGCAGACCUGGAAUCAGGAGACAUAAUUAUUCCUUCAAGUUUUUAUAGAAUAUCACUUGGGAGAUUCCAAAGCCAUAGCUAUUAUACAGCAAACCCUAGGAUCAGAGAGGUGGUAUGAGUGCUGGCAGACCAGCUGCAGCUUCCUAGAAAUACAGUGAAAAAGGCUGGUGAAACUUAAGUACGGUCCAGAUUUUAAAAAAUCAUACUUUCUCAGGGAUCUCCACAAACCAGUGGGUGUCCUGGCUGUGCCUGUGACAGCCUCAUUCUACAGGUGAGGCCUCAAAUGAAUUCGUUACUCUGAGGUGUUCUGUGGGGCACUUUGUAUGAAAAAGGGCGUGUACUCCAAAACUUUUUUUCCUAGAUUCUUUGGCCAGUUGCCAAAGAUUAGGGAAGAAUCCAACCUAGGAUUUUUCUUACUGAUAGGAGUUAUUCAUUGCAGUAAAAUAAAGUAUAAUCCCAAUAGAGAAUCUUGAAUUCUGACCUCCCAUAUUCUAUUUUGAUAUAACCACUUUAUAUUUCAUUUACUUUUUUUUGAAUCCGGUGAUCUCUUUCAGGUAGGUAGCAGAUUUUGGCAGUACAACAUGAAAGAUUAGGAAAAACGUUAAUGAUGUGUGGGUGGAAAACUUGUUCAAAAUCUGAGAGAGAAGUCUGAGUUAAAAGUUGUUUGGAAAAGGAAAAAAAAACAAAAACAAAA